UAAUUCCGUCAGUCUUCAAUCUACAGUUAGUGUAAAAAGGUGCAAAUUUUGAGUGUUUCUCGGCAAACAUGAAGCGUGCUUUGUGGUUUAGUUUCCUGGUCCUCUUAUCAUUGAUGAACGUGGGCAACUCAGCCAAGAUUCUUGGUUUGUUCGUAACGUACAGUAAAUCACAUCUUAUUAUUCAUAAAUCUGUAAUGGAACCCUUGAUUGAGCGAGGACAUGAUGUGACAAUCGUAACGACAUUACCUUUGGAGGAUUCGGGUAAACGUUAUCGCCACAUACAAUUAGAUGUUCCACCAGCACCAAAAGAAUUUAUGUCAGGAAUUGUAGAAACGUCGCAAAGCCUCUUUGGUUUGCUUCUGAAUACAAAGAAAGUAACAGACUUCUCGUUAGAAUAUAGUAAUUUAGCACUGCAUGAUCCGAAAAUGAAGCGUCUUAUGGAAGAGGAGAGUUUCGAUUUAGUUGUGUUUGGCGUUUUCUUUAAUAUGUUUCAAAUUGGCGUCGCUGCUCAUUUCAAAUGCCCAAUUGUUAUGAGUUUUAUGCAACGGCCUAUGAGGCUAGUUAACACUAUCGUUGGCAACCCUUUGGAGGUAACGUAUGUUCCUGAAGUUUUCGUUGGAAAUGUGCAACCACUCGGCUUCUUCGACCGAGUUAAAAACUUUUUGAUGGUGUUGGCGAUGGAUAUUAGUUUCCUGCCGUAUGUAGAUUACAAAACAGAACAUCUUUACAAUUAUAACUUUCCGUCGGAAAAAUAUCCCACUUAUAGUGAAAUGCUGAAAAAUAUUUCCCUGGUAUUAACCUGCAGUCAUUUAUCGGAAGGCGUUAUCAGACCAAAUGUCCCAGCUAUUGUUGAAGUUGGAGGCAUUCAAGUCAAAUCGAAACCAGAUCCCUUACCAAAGGACCUUGAGAAAUUUUUGGAUGGCGCUUCUAAGGAGGGGGCAGUCUAUUUCAGCCUGGGUUCAAACGCUCGCAGUGCUGAUAUGAAUUCUGAAACAAUAAAAAUCCUCUACAAUGUCCUUUCUAAAUUAAAACAACGAGUUAUCUGGAAAUGGGAAGAAAACGAAAGACCAGGCAACGCGUCCAACAUCCUAUUUAAAAAGUGGCUUCCUCAAGAUGACAUUCUAGCCCACCCUAAUAUUAAACUUUUCAUUACUCAUGGAGGACAUGGAAGCGUAGUUGAAUCCAAGUACCACGGAGUGCCGAUGGUUGGAAUCCCACUUUUUGCUGAUCAAUUUGCAAACAUCGAUGCCGUGCAGAAGGCUGGACAUGGCCUAAGUUUAGGAAAAGAGAAGAUUACUGCCGAGAGGUUCAAGUCCAUUGUUGAAGAAGUCCUCAGUAAUCCAACAUACAGAAACAAAGUUCAAGAAUUUUCUCGAAUUUACAAAGAUAGGCCUAUGAGCCCCAGAGAUACAGCUGCAUAUUGGAUAGAAUAUGUUAUUCGACAUAGAGGUGCAAAACAUAUACAAAGCCCAGCUGUGUAUAUGAACCUCAUACAACUGUAUGGGUUAGAUGUACUUGCAUUUUUACUUGCAAUUCUUUAUGUUGUAAUUAAGAUAUUAGCCUUUGUGUUUAGGGAAGUUUUUCGGUUAUUUUUUGGAAGAAACUCUAAGAAUCAGAAUAAGGACGGGAGCGAACAGAAGAAAAAUCAGUAGAUAUUAAUUCGGACGUCUGUAGUUAAAGAAUAUUUUUUCAAUAAAUUCUGUUGCCUACCAACAGAGAAGUUUU